AUGUCCAAGACAUAUGGCCAGAGGUCAGAUGACACGACCACAAAGUUGAUCAAUGACCUCCGGCCUAGGGUGUCCUGUUUAGGUGCUUCUGUGUACGUUGAAGAAGAGGACGUCAGCGGCACAUCCGUGCCCUGCGCCUCCGUCGGGCAAGUCACCGUGUUGCUGACCUCAGGAGAACCUUGCUUGCCCAGCUACCAGACCAUGCCUCAGCCACAGCCUAGCUACCAGCCCAAACCUACGCUACAGCCACAGCCUCAGCCACAGCCAAGUUACCAGCCCAAACCCAUGCCUCAGUCACAGCCAAGCUACCAGCCCAUGCCUCAGCCCAUGCCUCCGCCACAGCUAAGCUAUCAGCUCAAGCCCAUGCCUCAGCUCUGA